AUUGAAUGCGAGCAUUGUCACAAAUUAUUUAAAAAUAAGCAUGCAAUUAAACAACAUCUUAAAACCCAUAUACGUCCUCAUAAAUGUACAGUUUGUGAUAAAGAUUUUGCUCAAAGAAAUCAUUUAGAAAUACACAACCGAACUCACAAUGCUGAAAGACCUUAUGCGUGUAAUUUAUGCACUUGGAAAUUUUACGAUCCUGAUACUUUGAAACGACAUUUGAAAUAUACUCAUAGUGAAGAUAAACCUCAUGUUUGUGAGUGCGGAAGUUCUUACAAGAGGGUGUCUUCUCUUGGUAGACAUCAAAGAAAAUGC